AUGGACAAUGAUAGCGAUGCGUGGAAUGAUGACGACAAUAUCGAGGAGAAUGACACGAGUGAAGAGAGCUCUAGUAGUAACGCGUCAAGUACAUUUGAUUUUGAUACAUGGGCGGAAUGGUACGCAUGGUCUAGACGUAACGAUGGUACGGAAGAAGCAGUUCUUUUGAGCAUGUUGAUGGAGGAGCAGCAAUCCCAUGCCCCACGUCGUAUGCCCAGGCCACAACAUAACAUUGGCUUGCGUGGUAACCAGUACAUCAUCGCAGUACUAAAUGGACAUCCUGACACCUGUUAUGAGAUGUUCCGAAUGGAGGUAGAUGUAUUCUGGGCCUUAUGUGAUCGUUUACGUACAGAUGCAAGAUUGCGUGAUUCGUCACGAGAAGUCACGGUUGAGGAAGCCUUAGGAAUGUUUUGCUACACUGUCGGGCAUGGUGUCGUUCAACGGAAUGCAGCUAACUUGUUUCAACAUUCGGUUGAAACAAUAAAUCGACAUGUGUACCACGUAAUGCGUGCAUUAUGUCGUCUAUCGCGCAGUGUGAUUAAACCGAGCCAGACAACUGGGGUGAUGCCUUAUAUUGAAGGAAAUCCAAGACAUUAUCCAUGGUUCGAGAAAUGUCAUGGUGCAAUGGAUGGGGUCAUGAUCAAGGCAGCUGCACCGGCUUCCGUAGCAAAUGCAUACUUAAAUCGGUAUCACAGGAUUACUCAGAAUGUCAUGUGUGUCUGUGAUUUCGAAAUGAAAUUCACAUUCGUAUACGCAGGGUGGGAGGGUACAGCCCAUGAUGCUCGUGUUUUAAUUGAUGCGUUGAGGCGUCUGGGGAACCAUUUUCCAUGGCCUGAAGAGGGUUAUUAUUAUCUAGUAGAUUCGGCAUUUCCAUGUACUGAAGGAUUUAUGCCACCGUAUCCGAGGGUAAGGUAUCAUAGAUUUGAACGAAGAGGCUCUCGUACCUUCCAAGGAUAUAAAUAUCUGUUUAAUUAUCGGCAUUCAUCCCUUCGGAAUGUCAUUGAACGAACAUUCGGCGUGUUGAAGAAGCGUUUUCGAAUUUUAAAUUUAAUGCCCCCAUACCUUCCAACUCGGCAACGAUAUCUUAUUAUUGCAUGUUGUACGAUCCAUAACUUUAUCCGCAUGGUUACACCUAAUGAUCGGGAUUUUCUAAUAUAUAGCAAUCCAGAUGAUUAUCCAGGAAUGGAUGCGAAUCAGAACACCAGUGAAGAGACUCAUGUACCUAACAUGUCGACUGCAUCAGCACAAGCGAUGGCCGCAAGAAGAGAUGCUAUUGCAUUACCUAUGUGGGAGCAUAGUUAUGGUCAACAAGGCAACACCUAA